CACCAUUCCCCAACUUGCAGAGAAUGAGCCGCCGCUCUACAGAUUUAUUUGUCCCUCUUUCUUCCCGUCCGUCCGCUGUGCAUACUGAGCUGAGACACUUCAACACCGAUCAUCAGUAUGGCAUCGCGCCGCUCGGCACGGGCAGUUGAUUCCCUGGUGGAGCCCAUCCCCAGAUAUCGCAUCGACCUUGACCUUCCUCCAGCUGAGCGUUAUGUCAAGAUGGCCUCGGAUUUUGCGCCGCAAAUGAAAGAAAUCACUCCGUUAUUUGACAUGGUUCUCGAGUCAGCAGUGCCGUGGUUAUUCCUACGCUCCAUCAUUAAAUUUACAGCGUCCCUCAUUCUUCGGCGGGUAUAUUCAUCUGAAGAAACGCAAGAAUUAGUAGGCAUUGCGAAGGCUAGCGGAGUAGAUAUGUAUUUCCUGGUGGCCUUUAAUCUGCUGCUUGAUACUUUGUUAGGGUGUACAAGCGGCGGAGUCCUAACCCGGCUCAAGAAGGGAGAGAGGCAAACCCAUACGGAGCCGAGCGCGAGGAUGAUGCAUUUUCGAACUUUAGACUGGGGAAUGCCUGAACUUAGGAGUGUACUUGUUGUCUUGGAGUUCGUGAGGUCAAAGUCUGAGGAGCCUCAGACGGUGAUUGCGAGGACCAUCACCUAUGCUGGGUUUGUUGGCGUGUUGACCGGAGUGAGGCAGCACCUUUCUUUAUCACUCAACUUCCGGCCUGGCCACAGCUGCUCUACAUUGUCCCUUCGCAUUCACCAGAGCCUCGUGCUCCUCGGUGUCCGGCCAUCUAUAUCAUCAGUCCUCCGCCAACACUUUCUCCGCCCAGAGCGCCAUCAUCCAACCAUCACCGACGUGGUUAAAUCCAUCACGGGAACACGGACGGCGCCCUGCUACGUAAUACUCUGCUCUGGCGCGGAAACUACCGUGGUUCAGAAAGACCUCGUCAACGCGCAAACAAGGUCAGCCGUCGACUUCAUUGUGCACACAAAUCACGACUUAGCGCCAACGGACCAGUCACCUCAGGCAUAUAAACAAAAGGAGAGCAGUUCAGUCUUGGGUAUGGAAGCACUGGUUGAGGAAAGUGAAGAGCGAAUGGAUUGCAUUCUGAGCAAAUGGACUGCACUGGCCAAGAGGCAUGAACGUGAAUUAAAGAGAGGAGGAGAAAGAAAAAGCCCUGCUAUUUUCGAACAUACAUUGCAAAGAUGGGUGAAAUCGUAUCCCAUUAUGAAUGAAUGUACUCAUUUUGGGUGUAUUCUGGAUCCGGGGACCGGGACCAUUCGUUGGCUGGAGAGAGGCGUUCUGGACCUCGAGGAUACCGAGAUUGUAGGGGAACUAGUAUAAAGCGACUAUACCUGCCAGUGAUGGCAGCAUUAUCCAUGGCAAUGAAGCGAUGCAAUGAGCGUUUUAUUUAU